AUGGAGGGCGUAUCUACGCGGGAACCGGCGCUCUUGGCGCCAGAAUCCCCUGCGCCGGUGCCCCCCCCUCCGCCGUCAUCGCCGCAGAGCCUUCUUCUCUCCCCGGCACUGAGCAUCGACGAGGCGUCUCUUCGUCUGCAGGAAGCCACAGGCGCUGAGGUCAGCCGGGCGGCGGCGGGCGACGGCAGCGUGGCUGCCUCCGAGUCCCCCGAAGACGCCACGGCGGGCACAGGAGCCGCAGCGACUGGUUCGAGCACCAUGCCCAAUUCGGCUUCCCUUGCGGCGCCACUCAUGUGUCGCUUCUCCCGCACGCUUGUGCUCGACACUGGAGCUUUCUUGCGGCUUAAGCGGCUCGAUCAGUUCGGCCGUCGAUUCGUCGUCCCCCCGAGUGUGCUGGAAGAAAUCCGCGACGCCCGCGCCCGAGCGCAUCUCUCCGGCGUGACGCUGCUGCACCCAGACGCAGAGCUUCCCUCGGUGGCGACAGCGAGUGAGGCAGACAAACGGUGGGCGCGCAAGUUCGCGCAGAUGACCGGAGAUCUGGGCAGCCUCAGCGACACAGAUCUCGACGUCAUCGCCCUAACGUACAUGCUUCAGAGGCAGACGGGCAGAGUGGAGAAGCUGCGCACAAAGCCGCUGGACACCGUCGUCGUCAAAGAGGAGGAGACACACAAGAAGUGGGACGAGCAGGACUGGGGCAAGGACGAAGGCUGGAUCGGUGAGGACCCCGAAGAGGAAGCCGAAGAAGAAGAAGACGUAGAAGAGGGGGCGGAAGAAGCGGAAGAAGACACCCAAGAGACGGACGAAGCAAAUGACAAACGAGAGUUUGGUCCUUGCGCGCCCGGCGCAGCAGAGCUGCCAACGGCUGCUGCAGGGAUCUCGUCGUCGCCUUCUGCAGGUGCGGAAACGUCGCCCUGUUCUUCGGAUGCGCCGCUUGAGGCUCGAGCCUGCGGCAUCCACGAAAGCAGAGAAAUUGUCGAUGUCGCCGCCGACGAGGACGACGGUGAGGGGACCUGGGUCACGCCAGAGAACUUCCAAAGAGUCAGACGGGGCAUUGAAGGCAUCUGCUCAAGCGCCACAGAAGAAGAAGCUCUCGUCGCCUGCAUGACAACCGAUUACUCAGUCCAGAACGUCCUCCUGCACAUGGGGCUGCAAGUCGUCACGAUCGACGGCCUCGCGAUCCGCUCGGUGAAGACCUGGGCUCUCAUUUGCAGAGCCUGCCACUUCGUCAGCCGAGAAGUCACGCGCCUCUUCUGCCCCAAGUGUGGCCAGCACGCAGUAGACCGCGUCCCGGUCACUCUGAGCGAGGACGGACUCGUCGUGCACGACAACCGGAAAAAAAAGUCGACGCGAGGCAACGUCCACUCCCUUCCGAAGCCCAGAGGCGGGCGACAUGAGAAACAGCUGAUUCUGGCUGAAGAUCAACUCAUGAUGGGAGGGCGAGACCGGCUACUGCGUCACCAGCAACGGUUGUGGGAGACGGAGAAGGCUGCACAUAAUCCGUUCAGUGAGGAUUUUGCGUUCGACGCAGCGUCUGCAUGGCACAUGCGCGCUCGAACUCGAACAGGGAAAUUAGCAGCGGGGGCUCAUGCCCCGCGUGUGGUGGUUGGGCUGGGCCCCGGCAACCCGAACAGCAACAGAUGGGUCAAAAGACACUCGCGAGCUAAGGGGAAAUGA